CAUUGGCAGACGGCUUUCUACGACCACGCUGCAUCAGUCACCAACGGUGUCCUUACCUUUGACAGGGUUUUGUUUUAAACUGAAGUGAAAGAUCGCGAGACAUACAGUAGAUAGGUUCAGACUGGGCUAUCUAUGGCUUCAGCUCGUCGUCAUUCACACGCACUGGAGCAGUCGCCGUCGUUGGAAUUUGAAGAUCCAUCCUACCGCGAGAAGGUUUUGAAGACAUUCCCAGCAAGUGAUGACGGGCAGACGUCACCCACGUUACCGGCCUCCCCUAGAACUGUAGGGAGCCUUGAACAUCCAGGAUUGGAAGAUCCGCCCGAUGAACACAACGUCUUAGUUCUGUACACAGGCGGGACGAUUGGAAUGAAGGCAGGCAAAGGAGGGUAUGAACCUGAAGCUAACUACCUGCACUCUGAGCUAUUCAAUAGUCCCCUGUUUAAUGACAGAACCUAUGCUAAAGAUCAUAGCCUAGUGGAUGAGGAUGGUUUGUCUUCCACAUUGUUCCUGCCAGCAACUAAGGAUGGUAACAGGAUCUGUUAUCAGAUGUGGGAAUAUGAACCUCUAUUGGACUCGUGUAACAUGACCAUGAAGGACUGGGUGAGGGUGGCCAAUGAUAUACUGAAACAUUAUGAUCAGUAUGACGGGUUUGUGAUAUUACAUGGGACAGACACAAUGGCUUACACUGCCUCAGCACUGUCGUUUAUCUGUGAGAACCUGGGCAAACCUAUCAUACUAACUGGCUCACAGAUUCCUAUUUUUGAGUUGCGAAGUGAUGGACGGGAUAACUUCCUCUCUGCUCUUGUUAUAGCCGGCCUGUACAGCAUUCCAGAGGUCAUGAUCUGCUUCAAUGACAAAGUCUAUCGAGGAAAUCGUGCCAUCAAAACUGACAAUUUGAGUUUCAAUGCUUAUGAUUCUCCAAAUGCUGCACCUUUAGUUCAUUUAGAUACAGCAAUACAUGUGGACUGGGCGGCUGUGUUCAGGAGUGGGGGUACAGAGAAAUUCCGUGUUCACGCAAACAUGUGUCAGAAUGUUGGUGUGUUAAGGCUAUUCCCAAGUAUCUCUGAGCAAAUGGUACGAGCCUUCCUGCGGCCUCCAAUCCAGGGCGUGGUGUUACAGACAUAUGGGGCAGGCAAUGCGCCUCAUCAGAGGAAGGACCUCAUGAAGCUGUUUAAGGAUGCCUCGGCUUGGGGUGUACUCAUUGUGAACAUAAGUCAGUGUAACCGGGGCACUGUACAGAUGUCAUAUGCUACAGGACAGGCAUUGCAGGAUGCUGGUGUGAUCCCCGGGGGAGACAUGACCACGGAGGCAGCCUUGACCAAGCUCAGCUAUGUGUUAGGCAAGAAUAACUGGAGUUUAGAGAAGAAACGAGCAAAAAUGAGCAGGAAUUUACGUGGUGAGAUGAAAGUGGUGAUGAAGCCCAACAUAUCUCUGAGGGACUUUGAACUUCUGGAGAGUGUGGCCAGUGCGAUGAGUCUCAGUACAUCAGAGGAGAUUAUCCAGCUCCGGGAUGCAAUCUACCCCACAUUGUUCUGUGCUGCAGCUCAGGCUGGAGACGAGCAAACCUUGGAGAAGCUCAGACAGAGUGGUAUUAAUAUAUCAGCAGCUGAUUAUGACAAGAGGACUGCCCUGCACGUGGCUGCUAGUGAGGGUCACAUCCGAGUGGUCCAGUACCUUCUGCACCAUGGUGCCUCUGUACAUGUGCGCGAUCGCGAGGGCAAGACAGCCCUCACAGACGCCAUUCAUGGCACCCACCUGGAUGUGAUACGCCUGCUGAUACAAACAGGCGCUGCCAUAACCACUCCUCUGUCCGGCUAGCCAUGGACCUCUGCUGUGCUGCAUCCAUGAACAAUGUACAGUUAUUGAGGCGUGGAGUGUGGCUGGGGCAGAUUUGAAUUCAGCGGACUAUGACAUGAGGACUCCAUUACAUGUGGCUGUCUGUUCUAAUCACCCGGAUGUUGUGGAGUUCCUCAUGCAGAAGGGCGUACACACAGACAAACAAGACAUCUUUGGUAAUACGGCGGCAGAGCAGGCUCGCUCGAGACCACUCAUGAGAGAAAUACUGGAAAAGUAUGGGGCUAAGGUGGACUGAUCUGACAAUGUAAAGUGUGGGUUAAACAGUGUGGUUGUGGAUGAAUAUGUGAGUAUGAUAUGUGUACUGCUCAGUUAUCUUAGGCAGUGUGGUGUAGAAUAGAGAGAGAGUAAAGGUGUGAUAUCAAGAGACUGUACAUGUAUUGCAGAAUAGAGAGAGAGUAAACGUCUGAUAUCAGGUGACUGUACAUGUGGUGUAGAAUAGAGAGAGAGUAAGGGUGUGAUAUCAAGUGACUGUACAUGUGGUUUAGAAUAGAGACAGUAAAAGUCUGAUAUCAGGUAAAUGAACUGGUAGUUAGCACACCGGGAAAGUAUGAAAAUUGUAAACUUGAGGUUUUCUCCUUUGAAACUAGACAAUGUUGUGAUAUCACAAAGUGUUUGAAACUUUUACUGUAACAUUCAUGCAUGUUAUUGGUAAUGCUUUUGUUGUAUGCAUUCACUGUGGUGUGGUAAUGCCCGCAUAAACUAUAUGUGACCACUGAGAGUUCACUGGCUUGCUGCCCAGGCAUGCCGAAUACAUUAGCGUAAUCCAGGUCAAAUUAAGUGCUAUUCCAAGUUUUUAAGAAAAAUUUUGUGAAACAAACAUAACUGCACAUAGACGGCUGUAACAAGAAAAUGUGGUAAGGAAGUAUCUGUUAUGUCUGAAAGAGUUUAAGAUUUUACACCAUGGUAUAAAUACAGUUAGUAGAAGAUGUCUAAUUUGUGAAAUACAGCUUUUGCCUAUUUUGCAUUAUUUAUCGUUCUUCCAUAAUAAGGUGAAAAGGAACAGUUGUAUUCCAGAGCCUUCUUUGAAUACAUAAUAAUGGUGAUUGUAUACACUUCACAAGUUGCAGUUAUCUGAGUGGCUAGUUAUUACUGUUAUUACUGUUAGUAGUCAUUCGGGAAUAGGCCUUCUUCAUAUUUUUUGUAUACCCAAAAUAUGAUGUCAUUAAUGUAUGCAGAUAAUAUCCAUGUCUGCUAUCUGAACUCGUUGAAUGGUUGACGUUGUGACCCUGCAGAAUGCCAUGUUUCCUUCCAAACAAAAUUGGACGUAUAGCCUUGCAUGUUAUAUCAGCCUUAUCCUCAUUUGUAUGGCAGCUUUUGACUGAACAGAAAAUGACCAUUAUUAAAGCGAUCACUGCAUGUGGGAUGAUAAUCAUCAAAAACAAGUGAAGAUGUGCCAAACUAAAGAGAAUAGGUACUAGUGUUGCUUGACCUUCAUGAGGACAAGGUACAUGAACGUGUACAGUAGGAUCACAUCAGUGUCAUUUUCAAGAUUCUGUCAAUACUGGACCCGGUUAAUAGUUUAUUUAUUGACCUUAACCCAUAUUUGGUGGAAAGAAUUCCUGUUUUUUUUUUCUCUGUAAUUUGUACCCAUUGUUGCUCUCGUGGCAGUUAGGAAAAGAGUUUCAUUAGCCUGUAAAUCUACUGUUUAGAAACUCACUAACGGUUUGGGGAAAAUUUACCUGUAGGCAGCAUUUUAUUUUAUCAAGAUCUCCUGAUUUUAUGUCUCAAAAUGACCCAUCUGUUUUAUGCAUAUUUUCCAUAUAGUGCUCAGUAAUUGAACUAUGAACUUACACACCUCUCAAGAAGAAGGCUAGCAUUUUUUUUGGAGAGGGAGGAGGUGGUGUGCUCUGUGGCCUAGUGGUUAUCAUGGUAGCACAGCACAGUGACUCUGGAGCCUCUCACCAAUGCUGUCGCUGUCAGUUCAUGCUGGCUUUAUCUUUGGCCGUAUGUUGGAAAGGUCUGCAAAUAACCUGCUUCCUCCCUGGCUCUGCCUGGUUUCCCCCCACCAUAAUGCUUGCUGUCGUUUUAUAAGUGAAAUACUCAUAUAAUAAAACACAAUUGUAUUUUAUACGUUAUAUGUCAGGGCACAUUCGAAACUGCAUAGUAAGAAGUAUGAAACAAUAUGUUUCAUGUAUCUUUUUAGAUGUGGUAUAAUAUUGACCAUAAGUGAUGAUGCUGUGUGAGGUGGUACUAUGUAAUAGUAAGUGUAUGAAUGGGUCUAGUUUAUGCUUUUGUUUGUUGGUUUAAAGGAUUAAGUGUCCAGAUUUAGCUUAUGGUCAUAAUUACAAAGAUAAUAACCCGCUUCAAACAGUAUGUCAUGGGUAGGGCUUCUGAAAACUGCAGCAAUGACUUCAAAAUAAACUGAAAAACAGGUUUGUUCAAAUUGAGACGGCAUUAUAUUUGGUUCUGUAUACGAAUACAAUUUCUCAGGCUAAAAGGCAAAUGGGCCUUCUUGUAGUCAGCUGUGACACCAUUGUUGAACCAGCUAGGACAGUAAUAUAGUUGUUUUUUUGUGGAUUGCAUUUCUGAGAAACCCUUCCUAUAAUAUACUGUUUUAAUCUCUGUAAUUAGAACCAUAAGAUAAAUCUGGACUCCGAUCCUUUAAGUGGACUGUCUCUGUCUAUAACUGACAGAAGAGAUAUGGAAGAUUGGGGAGCAUUCAGCUUCAGUCCCUCUUAGAGAGGGUUCCGUCACUUUUUGUGUACCUAUUGUUGAAGUGCUGUAUAAAUAAAAAAAAAAAUCUCAAAAUGAAACUAUUUAUUCAGUAUACAAAUUGAAUGAUAUUUAUAUUUGUCAUUCACCAUGUUACAGUAGAUCUCAGUAUUUGUUUUCUAGGUUUUACUGUAUGCAUCUGUAAUAUGGAUAUAGCCAAUCUAAGUUUGUUUUUGUGGUUAUUUGACCUCAUAAUUUAGACUGUUUGUGACCAAAGACUUUACAUGUUUACCCCGCUGUGUUGUGUUAUAUCGAACAAAAUCUGUUUUGCUAGAACACUGGCCCAGCUUUUAAAACAUGAAAACAAUAAAUUCUCUGUUAGAUAUAGAGAUGCAGUUGUGCAUAUGGUUUAAAUCAUGAUGUCCAAACAAUUUUUUAUCUGAGAAAAAAAAAAGAACAAACAACACAGCAUUUACAUGUGUAUGCUAAUGUUGGCAGUAUUUAUUAUAAAGGUAUGAUAGUUUGCUGUGCCAUAGUUAGCCAGAAUACUUCGGGUGUAAUACAUGAAUUAGAUCAAACAGGAAGUUCCAACAGUUGAACAUUAUUUCUGUUCCUGGAAAUCCAUGCUGCUUGUAACACCCUUGUGUCCUUUUUUUUAAAUUAUUUUUUUAUUUGUUUCUGGGCCAUGUAGGAAAUAUUUUAUUUGGUUUUAUUGUACAUUAUUAAGCUUAUUAUUAUUAUUAAGGAGAAAUUGUACUGGAUUGUGUGGAAAGUGAAGAUGUUAGUGAUACAUGUACAUGUAUACAAGUUUUCUUUUGUCAAAAUUUGCUAUGCACAUAUUUUAUGGUAUAAUAUGAUGCUGAAAUAAUGUACAAGUAUAUGGCAAUGGACACUGCCAGACAAAGCUGCUCAAAAGUAGGUAUAUAUGUUGAGAUAUGAGAUUUCUGUGCAAAUUAAUAUAUGUUGUAAAGCAUAUGAUGAGCAAAGGAAUGCACUUUUUGCUGCUCUCAACUUGUAUUGAGGUAAUGAAUGCACUUCAUGCUGGUCUCAGCAUAUAUUGAACUAAUCACUGCACUCCAUACUGCUCUCAACGUGUAUUGAGGUAAUGAAUGCACUUCAUGCUGCUCUCAGCAUAUAUUGAACUAAUGAAUGCACUCCAUGCUGCUCUCAGCAUGUAUUGAGCUCAUGAUUGCACUUCAUGCUGCUCUCAGUGUGUGUUGAGCUAAUGAAUGCACUUCAUGCAGCUGUCAGCUUGGAUUGAGCUAAUGAAUGCACUCCAUACUGCUCUCAACGUGUAUUGAGGUAAUGAAUGCACUCCAUGCUGCUCAGUGUGUAUUGAGCUAAUGAAUGCACUUCUUGCUGCUCUCAGUGUGUAUUGGGCUAAUGAAUGCACUUCAUGCUGCUCUCAGCUUGUAUUGAGCUAAUGAAUGCACUGUAUACUGCACUCAGCAUAUGCUGAGCAAAUCAAUUCACUAUGAUUAGUGACCACAAAUAUAACAUCUAAUGUGUGUUAAGCAAAUUAACUUACAAUAUUAAUAUGCAUAUUUUGCUUGUUAAGCAAAUAUAGGUACAAAUGUACUCCACAUUGCACAUGUGCUGGAGCAGCAGGAUUUUCCAUUUGGGCCCAUGUGUACAUGCACGCUACAUUGGUGUACUUUGUUGUCUGAUAGUGAUUGUGCUGACACAGACUGUUCAAACUGCACUUUUCUUCUGUGCAUACAACAGGGGAGGGGCGUAAAUCCAAAAUGAGUUAUAGAAAUGUUUAUCUCAAAUAUACAGACAAAUACAAAUGCUAUUUCGCCUUUAAACCAUGCAUGCAGAUUAUUUUUUUUGUAAAGUACCUAAACUGUACAUAAAAAUUUUAAUCUGUUCAGGUCAUGUACACCAUUUCUUCUUAGGAUGUCUUACUACCAUAUUCCUCUCUAGGUGAUGUGUCAAAAUGUCCCUACAUAAAUGCUGCAAGGAAAUAAUUUUCUUAACUAUUUUAUACUGAGAAACUUCCUGCAUUAAUGUUGCAUGAGAAACUUCCUGCAUAAAUGUUGUAUGAGAAACUUCCUGGAUAAAUGUUGUAUGAGAAACUUCCUGGAUAAAUGUUGUAUGAGAAACUUCCUGCAUAAAUGCUGUAUAAAUAGAGACACCUGUAUAAAUGUUGUAAAAGGUUCUUGGAGAAAUGCGCUUGUAAAAUGGUGUAUAGGAAUUUUCCUGUGUAAAUGCUUUAUAGGGAUGCUCCGAUAAUGAACAGCAUAUCGCAAAAUGAUGGAUAAAAUGCUGUUCGUACAUGCAGCAACAUAAUGAUGAGAAUAUUCCUGUUACAUGCUCCACUGUGGUCUGUUUUUCCCUGGAAUCCUGUUACCCAGGGACUUCUAGUUUCAUGCCAGAAUUUUUACAGCUUUCAUUUUGCCUGCAUAAACAAAAAAUUGAAGAACUGUUUGCCGUGGUAUAUGCCUCACAUUUGUGUUUGGAAAACAUCAUUGGUUUAAUUUUUCUAUGGUUUGACAACUAACAGUUCUUGGCAGUGACACAAUACACAUGUGCAUGUAUUAUUUAAAAUGUGAUGUAGUGUGUUAUGUAUAGCUCAUAAUACCGAGCUAUUCCAGAAUACAGACAUGUUAAAGUCGUGGCUGGACCAAUUCUGUGUUAAAAUGCUAUUCUGCCAAUAAAGUUCAUUUAACUUGAG